AUGCGCGGAUGGCGGCCCACUAUGGAAGAUUCCCAUGUCAUCCACGCCAAAGAUAACUGGGGCUUUUUUGGAGUUUUUGAUGGUCAUGGAGGCGACGGAUGCUCUCGUUUCAUAGCCAAGCGCAUCAAGGAAGAGAUGGAUAUAAGCGGCAUGCCAGCUACCGACGCUGCUGUCAUGGGGGACUACCUUCCGGAUGAUAACAUCAUCCCGUGGUCGGCACCGGACGCGUGGCAAGCGUCGGUGCACCCGGACGUGUUCAACGACGCGGUCGCGGCUGUCGAGGACCACCAGCUCCUCGAAGACGCCCGUCGCGAGUCUCUGCGGCAAGAGCGAAAGCUCGCGCGGAUCCAGCAGCGCCGGGCCACCACGAACGCCCUGGCGGCUGCGAUCCGGGUAGCCGGGUGGCUCUGCCCCCAGUGCGAGGAGUGGAAUCUCUCGUACCGGAGGCAGUGCUUUGAUUCCGCCCAACCUGGUGGAUCCACUGCAACCUUUGUCGUUGCUGAAGCCCCGGCAACAGCUGAGGGCAAGCCGGCUGCACUAAGCGCUUGCAACUAUCGCCUCCGGGUUGGGAACGUUGGUGACAGUCGUGUUCUUCUGGGGAGGGCAGACGGCUCAAUGUACCCCGGGCCUGGCACAGACCGUGCGCUCACCACGGACCACAAGCCCGAGCUGCCAAGCGAGCGAGCGUGGAUUGUACGGACUGGUGGGAGCGUGCAGGAAGUCAUGGGAGUGGCUAGGGUCAAUGGGACCUUGUCAGUGUCCCGAUCCUUUGGCGACGCGGUGCAUAAGAAAACUGGAGGUCCCAGUCCAAAAGAUCAUCCAGUCACCUGCGUGCCGGAUUUGAAGGCAUUCGAUUGCGCCGCACCGACGGAUUUUUUACUGUUGGUCUGCGACGGGGUCUCCGAAGGCAACUUUCCAAACGAGGCCGUCGUAAGGCUUGCAGCGCAGAACUUGCAAGUCCCGGGGCCAGCAGACCCCGUGCAGGCUGCAGUUGCUGUAUGUCACGAGGCGAUACGAUGCGGGUCGCAAGACUAUGUAUCUUGUAUGGUGGUCCUCCUUGGCAGCAGCCCGUACACUUGA